GCUCGCCCGGGUGCUGGUGGCCCGCGGCGCCUUCGCGGAGGCGGAGCCGCUGCAGCGCCGAGAACUGGAGGCCCAGGAGCGGCGCCGGGGCCCCGAGCACCGCGAGACGCUCAUCGCGGUGAACAACUUGGGGCUCGUUCUGAAAAACCUGGGGAAGUUCAGCGAG